UAUCCUACACUUAUAUCUGUAUGCAUAACAAACAUAUAGAUAUAACAUGUUCAAUAAAGCCAAGCUUAGUUUCAAAUCUUCUUUGUAGACGCGACGAUCCGCGAGAGGGGACGUCAGGUCAGGUUAGGAGUUAUGCGCCGCACUGUCAUCGCGCGUUAUUAAACUUGAGAUUUAAAAUAUAAGUAACCUCGUACGCGCAGCUAUGUUUUAUUAGCUUGCCGCCUAGUCCAUUCACCAUGAAGGAAUGUUGGCCCCCACGAGCAGCGAGAUGUAGUCGAUUGAGGCGAAAAUGAAAAAUUGGAAUAUAUUUGGACCCGGGCAAAGCGGCAGCUGCUUCAACGAUAUGGUGCUAAAAUACACUGCGGCUGGUACCUUUGGCUCGCGAAUGCCAGUGAGAUGGAUUCGUGACCGGUCUUCCUGAGCACCAGCAAAAUGUGAUACUAGAUUUUAUAGUGAAAAAUUUGAAGAAAAAAAAAAUCAAAGCUCUAGACAUGGAGAUAAUGUUGAAAAAAGUGCUCGGUACAAUGUUGGCCACUUGCGGCUCAAACAUCUUUGGCUUUUUGGCACCAUUAGUCAUUCCACCGCUACACAUUGCAUUCAUCUAUUAUUUUUGGCAAGAUUUUGCAAGGGAUGUUGAUAAGCAGUAUUGCUCUUGUUCCUGUUGGGAUACUGUUUUCAAAGGCUCUUAUGAAUCAGGGGUCGCUUCAUACAAACAUAUGUACUUCAAUGCCACGAGUAAUACUUUAAAAAUCUGGGUUACCAUUGUUCUUGGAGUGAUAGUCUUUUAUGAGACAGUGAAGCAUUUGGCUUGGCUGGGAUUUCAAAAACACCUGCGAUGGAGAAUGUUCAUACUAUUCAUGACUGCUGUGUUCUCCCAUUACUACUCAUGGUGGGUGUAUAUCAAUUAUUGGAACGACGACUUCUACUCUCAGUGGUACCACCAAUUCUUCUUCUCUGCAACUGAACUGAUAUCCACAAUUCUCGUGGUUCACCUUGCCGAUGAUAGAAAUCCGAUAACUCGCAGAAAAGCUUUUGGAAUUGUUAGUAUUGCUCUUUUACAUAUCCUUGCUGGCGGAUGGGAUCAGUUUGUUACUAACGUUGUCAGAGGAGAGGGCUACGCUCAUCAGGUAGUUCGUGAUUUAGGUUUUAUGAUCCCAGAUGUUCUCCAUGUAAUCAUACCUUUGUGUUCUUUGGAGACGAAAGGUGCAUACUCGUUGCCCGGAGCAGGCCUUCGUGAUCCAGAUCUUAGAACAGACUUAAUGUAUAUGUUUGGUACAGUCUUUCUCGGCCUAUGCUUAUGCUCUAUUUUAUAAAAGUAGUUUCAUUUACUAGUAUACGCGAAAGCAAGACUGCAAUUACUACAGUAAAGUAAAAAGCUUCUUCAAGAAGCAGAUUAGGGGUGAUAAUUUCUUUUAACGAGGAAAUUUGUUUCUAUAAUUUAGAUGAGCUUUUAUUAAAAAAACGGCUGCUAGGUGAGUAUUAAAACCAAGGUAUUUUAUUAGAAUUUUGAAUAUAUUAUAUAAAAUUUUAAUGAUUUUAUAUAAAUAUAAUAACGUUGUUCAUUAGAAAGAACGUCUUUGUAACAAGGCGCAGACUUCCUAGUAAAAUCAAAAAGUUUAGAUACUACAAUUAGAAGUAGAUGAAAGACUGAAUGUUAUAAGUAACUUAUUGACUUGAUAUAAUUGUAAAUAUUUAAAGCGAACGAAACUAGUUGAAAGUAUAUAAUCAAAACGUCAUAGUGUUGAUGAUUAUAUUCAAAGUAACUUUUGAGCUGACAUGCUGUAAUAAAGUUUGUAAUACAUAUGUAUAAUUGUACACGGUCUAAAGUGCCUAGAGGAUGCAAUAAAAUGCAUAAGUACUUGAUUGUUAUUACAAUGAAUGUUUGUCAAUGAUUCGUAAUGGCGAUAACAUCUUUUGUAAACUAUUAUACAACGUAUGUUAAAAAAACAUAAAUAAAUAUACAUGUGUAUUAUGUAUCCAAAGUU